AUGGAAGGAGCUUCCAUUCUAAGGCAAUUCAUCGGACAAUUACAAGAGCUUCUGGAACUCUAUGGUUCUCCUCCUUCGGUUCCUUCUAAUUAUUUACUUCAGUUUCAACCUCAGCACAAUCUCAGAUGGUGUUUUCUCGAUCUUGAAAAUAGCUCUGUUGAAGGUGGUUGCUAUAAUCUCAUAAUGACUGCUGGUAAGUCUGAAAAUCUCAAAAUGUUGGAACCAGGCAAACCUCCACCCAGAAAGAAAGCUCGUAAGGAGAGUAAUAAGGUAAAGGCGACUGCAACUACAAGCUCAACCGAAACUAUGGAACAGCUAAUCUGGAAAGAAUUUCCUGAAGACCUUUUCGAAUCCGUGAUAGCAAGAGUUCCAGUGGCCACUUUUUUCCGCUUUCGUUCUGUUUGCCGAAAGUGGAAUUCUUUGCCAACUUCCCAAAGUUUCUCCCAACAAUGUGCUCAAGUGAAUCAAACCCAAACUUGGUUUUAUACUAUCACUCAUGAACUUAUUAAUACUGGAGCCAUGUAUGAUCCAUCACUGAAAAAAUGGCACCACCUGGCUAUUCCUGCCUUGCCAACAAAAUCGAUUGUUUUGCCGGUGGCAUCAGCAGGGGGUCUCGUCUGUUUUCUUGACAUUGGACAUAGAAGCUUCUAUGUGUGCAACCCUCUUACGAGGUCCUUCAAAGAGUUACCGGCUCGGUCAGUUAAGGUGUGGUUCCGUGUGGCAGUUGGGAUGACUCUAAAUGGAAAAUCUACCAACGAGGGAUAUAAGAUCAUUUGGGUCGGUUGUGAUGGGGAGUAUGAAGUCUACGACUCCACAAAGAACACCUGGACCCAUCCAGGUAACAUGCCCCCGAAUAUCAAGCUCCCACUGGCACUCAACUUCAGGUCUCAGGCAGUAUCUAUUAACAGAACUCUUUACUUCUUGCGUUCACUCCCUGAUGGGAUCGUGUCCUAUAACAUGGUCACGGGGGUUUGGAAACAGUUCAUAAUCCCGCCCCCACCACAUUUGAGUGAUCAUGCAUUAGCAGAAUAUGGAGGAAAGAUCAUGCUCGUGGGGCUGCUGACAAAGAAUGCUGCCACGUGCGUCUGCAUGUGGGAGCUGCAAAAGAUGACGCUUUUGUGGAAGGAGGUUGACAGAAUGCCAAAUUUGUGGUGCUUGGAGUUUUACGGAAAGCAGGUUCAUAUGACUUGCUUAGGUAAUAAGGGUUUACUAAUGCUAUCCCUGAGAUCACGACAGGUAAAUCGGUUGGUGACUUACGAUUUAUCAAGUCGGGAAUGGAUUAAGGUACCCGGUUGCGUGCUGCCACGUAGAAUAAAGAGGCAAUGGAUUGCAUGUGGCACUGCUUUUCACCCUUGCUUGACUGCUGUAGCUUGA